GUCCUAGAGGUGCUCCACUUUUAUACCCUCCAUCUCCCACUCCUCCCACACACCCACUAGCCUCCAAAUCACCUUCUUAUCAUCUCGUCCCUGAUAUAUUUUUCUGCAAAUAUCAUUCACCUCCGAAACUUUUGCUGCUGGAUUUGUUUCUUCGAUCUUGGAGCAUAACAAGGCGCAGAGAGAGAGAGAGAUGAGGAACAAGGGACAAAGCCAGAACAUUUUGGUGAGGAUAAUUACUUCACCGUUGAGAGCUCUGGGGAAAGCAAAGGACUUUUACAUCAGAAGCAUCACUAACUGCGGCAACAGCAUGAGCUACAGCAACCCUAUGGAUGCUGCUGGACGGUUCGAAGCCUUGCCCAGAAGCUACAGCGCGGCCACAACGAAGCAAGCCGACAGAGAGGAUUUCGCAGAGCUGGUGAGAGCAGCGUCGGCUAAGACGUUGAAGGAGAAACUGGACGUAGAUUUUGUCUUGAAACAACAGGAGGCGUCAAGAGUGUUACCCAAGUCUGUGAGUGUCGGUAUGAGCAGGAUCGACGAAGACAGUCCCUGUGAUUUUGAAAACACGCCUCUUCCUGCCGCGCCUGACUCUUACCCAAGAAGUAGAAGCUAUGCUGUUACAAGUAGAGCUGUUGCUGUUUUCUGAGAUUCCCCUUUUGCGUCCCCCAGGUUUAUAAUCACAGUUCAUCAGUACCAUUGUAGUGUUCUCUUUCUCGAUGGUUUCUAAUUCAGUAAAUAUGGAACUAGCCA